AUGAAGGUAGCUGCUCCUAAACGUCAAAGAGCUAGUACAGUUUUAGCGGUGAGAACGAAAUCCAGUUGUCAAAUCAUGAAAACCAGAAUAGAUUUUCGUGGAGAGAAAUUACCUGUCAGCGAAGAAAUGAAGGAGUGUUUCCGACAACUUCUGGAUAUGGUCCCGGAUGUUCCCAGGAACGAAGAUGGCAACAUCGAUGGUACCGUUCUCAUCCAGAACGUGAUAGACUAUAUUCUAGAUCUUGAGCUGCAGUUAGAUGGUCCUGUGGCUAGUUCUUCGGAAUAUUGUUCCCAAUGGAGGUCUGCUUUUCCAACAGAUUGCUCCACAAGAGAGCCACUUUCAGAAAAGUCUCUAGAGAACACAGCUUCAAUACAGGUUCCCUUUCGCCGUGUGUCACUCUCAGCCGACGAUUCAGUAUUCAAGAGAACAGAUUGCGACAUUCGACGAGCUUCACAAUAA